CACCCCUAUGUUGUUGAGCAGUACAGCACAGCUGUUUUUCCAAAGCGAGAAAUAAAAAAUGGAAAAUUUCAACUCUAUUGAAAUAGCAGAUUCUGACGAGGAUUCGCCGAGUGAAGUUGGCGAUACAAUGGAUCCGAAACGUUGCGCAACACCACCGACAUCGAGUGCAGCCAAAGCUAAGCUGGCAAACGAACACACCCCUAAAACGACAAAGGCCGCCAAGGAACCGGAUUCGGCGACCAGCGGGAGUCUCUCGCUUUUAGGCGAUUCCACCUCACCCUCCUCGACGGGCACCUCGCCCAGCUCGGCAGCGGACACCAAAGCUGGGCGCCACAGGGCCAGAAAGAGCCAGCUCCAGGCCAAACGAAUGAGUCCCACUGACCUUCAGUUCGUGACUAUUCCAGAGGAUGAGAGUCUAGAAGCGCCGCCUUCCAAGCAGUCGAAGUUGGAGAGGGAUGCUGCGUUAAAAAAGGAGCAAGUGAAGGCGUCUAUUGCCAAAUUCCUGGCCAAUGACGAAAUGCAGGGACUGAUAAAGCGAAUCGCCAGGGAACGGGUGCGCUGCAACUUUCUGCUGGCCACAUAUCACCUCCCGGACAUGAACUUCUCCCUCAACACGCACAUGGACACGCUCUGCUUCCAGUUUCGGGAGCGCAUAAAACAGCGUAGGGGUAAUGCUAAUCCCUCUAAGGCAGUCUUAAGCAUCGCAGCUGGUGCUGCUGCCUCCUCCACUGCAACCACAUCGAAAGUGGCUGGCAAGAGCAUCGUCAAGGCACGACAGGCCCAGUCCUAAAUAUGGUCGCUGGGAUACAGAAAUACUAACAGAUUUUAAAAAAUAAGCUAAGAACUUAGGUUUUUAAUAUAAAAGGUAAGAACUUAUUGUACUAUAACUUGUCAAAUUGUAAAUUAUAAUUUUGCUUUGCUUUUAUAAUGUUUGUAACAAAUUUGAAUAUUAUCACAGCUCAUUAAAUACAGACAACAGUAU